UUAUCUCAUGGUUACAUUCUUGUCUAUAGAUAUUUGAAAGAACGAUUUGUAAACAAGAUCAACGCUCCUGUUAAACAUUUUCACUACGUUCAAGAAACACAAGCUGAUGGAGCCAUCGAAUGCUCUCGUCUCAACAAAAUCCUAAACAAAACAGAAAUUGAUGUGGCAUUCAUUGGAAUCGGAGAGAAUAGCCAUAUUGCAUUCAACGAUCCUCCAGCUGAUUUCGAGACUACCAAGCCUUACAUUGUAGUGAAUCUGGACGAAGCAUGCAGGAAACAGCAGCUUGGUGAGGGAUAGUUCAAGAGUCUGGACGAAGUCCCACAACAGGCAAUUUCAAUGAGUGUCCAGCAAAUUAUGAAAUCAAAAGCACUUGUAGUCACAGUUCCAGACAAGCGUAAAGCAGCAGCAGUGCAGACGAGUAUUGAAGGUCCAUUGCAGCCAUCAGUACCCGCUAGCAUUCUCCAACGUCAUAAUAAUUGUGUUAUAUUCUUAGACAAAGAGUCUGCAUCGUUGUUAUCAAAAUAGACAGCAGCCUGCGUCAUUAAAAUUGUCAUUUACUGUUUGUUAGAUUUGUGGUAAACUA